CUCUCAUUGGAUUCGGAGGUUAAUGCCAACAACCAGCUAUAUAUGAUGUGUUUGCCCUUCGUGCUUUGUUGCUAGAAGUGGUAUGUGGUAGAAGACUGGUGGAUGUCUAUCCUAUCUUGAGUUUGAAUUGUUGUUUCUGUCGUGAACUUGAGCUGCUGCUUUAUCUCUAUGUUUUGAAUUUGAGUUGCUGUUUCUAUCUUGAAGUUGAACUGCUGCUCUAUCUCCAGGUGGUUUGUUUGGUUCGGUUGGCUUAUCUCCAGGACUUCUGUUGGUUAUUCUAACAAUCCCUUCGAAGAUCUAUAAUCAGUGAAAUACCUAACAUGGCAGCAACAAAGGUAAGCCUGAAGCUUUUGAUAGACAAAAAGAGCCAUCGAGUGCUCUUUGCUGAAGCAGACAAUAAGUUUGUUGAUUUCCUCUUUAGCAUUUUAACUCUGCCCGUUGGAACUGUCACUAUGCUCUUACAAGAGGAAAAGAUGCAGGCAGGCUGCCUGCAUAGCCUAUACGAGAGCGUAGAUAAUCUGAGUGAUGAUAUUUACUUUCGGCCAGACCAAGAUAAAGACUUUCUGCUAAAACCAAAAGUAGCCAUUUCUGAUGCUAGAGUCCCUCUCCUCUUGCCAAGCGUUGAGCAGUCAUAUACAGCCAGGAAUUUUUAUAGGUGUGUGCAAGUCAAUACUGGCAGUGCCAGGUACAGCAAUUGUGGUAAAUACGUGGCUAAUGACUGGAGAGCAAUUUGUCCUCAUUGCAAGAGUUUAAUGUACACCGAGCUAAAAUACGUAGAGUACCGGCCACCAAGGGAUAUCAAGGCAUCCUCCUCUAGUGAAGAAGGUUACGUGAAAGGGGUGAUUACUUACAUGGUGAUGGAUGAUCUUGAAGUGAAGCCCAUGUCCGCUAUAUCUGCUAUCACUUUACUUAGCAAGUUCAAUGUCAUGGACUUAGGGGCUGUUGAGGAGAAGGUGGUCGAUUUUGGCACGGAUAAGGGUGUUAAAUUGCUCAAGGCUUGUCUGCAGUCGAAAACUGUUCUGACUGAUGUUUUCCUCACUGCCGAGACCACUAUAACUGGGGAGUCAGUUAAAAAAAAGAGUGUACUAGUUAAAAGGAGGAGGGUUGUGUAAGAAUAAUAUUCCUCUACAACUCUCACACAAUUUUAUCUCUCAUUGUGUGGAUUUCACAUGUGGCACUCACAUGCAUGGACCCACACAAUGUGAGAGAGGUUGUGUGGGAGUUGUGUGGAAAUCACUUCCCAAUUGUGUAAUUGCCAUAGAAAGUGUUGCAGACGAAGCUAUAAUGUUGCGGCAAGACAUCUCUAGUUUACUGACCACCUUCGAUUUUCGAAGGGUAAAUACUUUUGGAUGACCGACAUGUAUCCGCCGUGUGAAGGCAAGAUUGCUAAUUUGGUGGUGAUGUUUUAGUUGCAAUCUUGUUUCUUAUUUUGUUUUUGAAGUAAACCUAUGUUAUUUAUAAUAUUAUAUU